AUGAGUUUGCAUUGGGAGUACAGAGCUGAGCCAAGCAACGGUUCGGAACAAGGUGUAGAAUGUGUUAAAUACUUUGCUGAAAGCAAAAUACCGGUGCUUAUCAUAGCAAAUAAAAGUGAUCUUGUAGAAGCUAAACAAGAAUAUCUAUUACAACCACUUAGUUUUUGCAGCAAAUACAAACUGAUGCCGCCACAGCAAUAUAGCAAGUCAAGGGCAGUACGCAGAGAGGUCUUUGUGAAGUUGGCGACCAUGGCAUCUUUUCCGCGCUUUCAAGCAGCAUGGGUAUUGUUUUACAAACACAGGCACAUAAACCAAUUUGGAUUAAUGCAAGGUGAUUCAAUGAUUUGGUGGAAAGCUGGACUUGGAAUUGCUCUAGUGACACUUGCUGGUUUUUUCGUUAUGAAAGUUUUCCAUGCUUCACAGAGAUAGUAUAUAAAUCUGCUUGAUUGUUCUGUAUCAGUUCAUAUUUACUGACUGUUUGUUGAAAAUGUAUAUUUAUAAACAUAUAAAGAUAUGUGUGUGUAUAUACAAUAUAUUAAAUAAUUGAAUUCACACAUGCCUCUAAUUUGUAAGAUAAUGUGAACUUCUUUAGAAGAGGAAAAUAAGAAAAUACAUUCUACAAGAAUCUAGAUAAAUUAUUUCUCGAAUACUACUUAAUAAAUCGUGAAUACUUUAAAUUUUUUUCAUGUAUGUAUGGAUAUUUAUGAUACGGAUGCAAGAAUUGUAGGUGCGAUUUGCAUAACAAAUGUUUAUUAUAGUUUCUGGAGAAUGGGCGUUUCACGCACUGUUUUUCGUAAGAAAUAUA